GGCCCGUGACGCGCGCGCGCAGCAGAGGAGCCUCUGGAGGAGCGCAGCAGGGGACAGCGGCGGUGAGCGGUGGUGAUGUAAUGCUGCUGCGGAUGGCGGUGUGUGCCAGGCUCUGUGGAGCGGGUCAGUCGCGGCGCUGCAGGCGGCGGCAGAGGCACAGCCAGGCGGAUCAGGACAGUGACUCCGAGAUGGACAUGGACGACGAGGAGGAAGAGGAGAGGGUCGUGGGCAAAACGAAAGACGAGCCUGAGGGCAGCAGCGUCAGUCGGAGCAGCAGCUGUCAUAGCAGCAGGCCUAGCGGACACGGCGGACUCGGCUCUGGGGCCUCGGCCUCGGCCUCGGCCUCUGCAGGGCCGCCGCACCCGCAGUCGCUGCUGGAUCUGCCGCCGGAGCUCCUGGUGGAGAUCUUCUCUUCUCUGCCCGGCACUGCGCUGCCCAACCUGGCGCUGGUGUGCAAGAAAUUCAGGCAGAUCCUGAACACGGAAACAAUCUGGAGGAGGAGAUGUACAGAGGAAUUUGGUAUGAGAGAUGACCUGCGGAAGAUGGAGAUCUUGGGAAUGUCGAGCCGAGAUCUGUAUGUGAAACGUGUGAAUCCGCAGGUGAAGUCGGGACGCUUUAUGAAGCUCCUCCCUGAUUAUGAGCAUAUGGACUAUCGGGACGUGUACACACACUUGCUGCAUCCCUAUAGACACAUCCUGGGUCUCUGGCAGCCUGAUAUCGGGCCCUAUGGAGGACUGCUGAAUGUGGUGGUUGACGGGCUGUUCAUCAUAGGCUGGAUGUAUUUACCGCCCCAUGAUCCCCGAGUGGAGGACCCCAUGCGUAGACGGCCGCUCUUCCGCAUACAUAUGUGGGAGAAAAACAAAGCCACCAUAGAAUGUAUGUACGGACACAAGGGCCCUCAUAAAGGAGACAUUCAGACUGUGAAGAAAGAUGAAUUUUCCACCAAAUGCAACCAGACGGAUCACCAUCGAAUGCCUGGAGGAAGGCAAGAGGAGUUCAGAACGUGGCUGGAGGAGGAAUGGGGAAGAACAUUGGAGGACAUUUUCCACGAGCACAUGCAGGAGUUGAUCCUCAUGAAGUUCAUUUACACCAGCCAAUACGAUAAUUGCCUGACGUACCGGCGGAUUUAUCUGCCCCCGUUCCUCCCUUCAGACCUCCUGCAGCCGGGCCUCUUCAAAGGGACGUACGGCAGUCACGGCCUGGAGAUCAUCAUGCUGAGCUUCCACGACUCCAAGGCCAAAGCCACCAAACUUACCGGUGACCCCAAUGUUCCAGCAGGUCAGCUGACGUUAGAAAUCGACCUGAACCGCCCGGUGCGUCUGCCGGACCUGGAGCACCAGCGGAGCAUGGAAGAGCUCUCUCGCCUGGUGCUGGAGGUGCAUGAGGAGGCCCAGAGGGGUUUACAGGCCCGGGACGCCCCAUCAGAAGCUGCAGAGGUGGCCCCCCCUCAGGGGGCGGAGGGCUUGGAUUCGGCUCCCCCUGCUGGAGCGGAGGGUGUGGAGCUGGGAGCUGCUGCCUGCAGCGCCGCACCUGAACCACAACCGUUUGUGCUGCCUCUGGGAGUCAUGGCCCGUAAUGAAGUGUAUCCUCGCACCUGCAAGAUGUGUUUUUAUGGAACAGGCCUGAUCGCUGGCCAUGGUUUUACAAGUCCAGAGCGCACGCCGGGUCUGUUCAUCCUGUUCGAUGACGACCGCUUUGGCUUCAUUUGGCUGGAGCUCAAGUCCUUCAGUCUGUACAGUCGGCUGACCGACCAGCUGUCCCACGCUCAGGCCCCCAGCAUGGAGCGCUUCGAGGCCAUGCUCCGUAACAUGCAGUCAUGGACAUCCUGAUAGCAAACCUCACACUAGCAUUCUCAUCAGGCACAUACUCUAGUAUUACGCUCUGCACCGUCAGGGACCUCCCUGCUGACACACACACACACACACACACACAGCACUCCUGCUCGCAUCCGCACAGGUGUAUUUAAGCCACAUGCCCAUACAUUUGUAUUAUAUUAGGCCUUUCUUAUCAGCUUUUUAAUUAAUUUAUUUUUGUAACCUGGAAAUGGUGACGAAGAUGACGACAAUGUGAAAAUUUGCCCAUAAGCUCAGCUGAGCGUGCCUCUGAUACCUUACCGAGAUACUUCAAACUCUCAGAUCCUGUGGUUUUGUGCUUUAGAAAUGUGUCCUUGAUGUGGCAACAUCUGCAGUUGCUUUUAAUUGAUUUUAUUCAGUUUUUUUUUUUUUUUUAUCUUUAUUUGUAAAAAGUCCACACCAUAUUUGGAAAUGCUUCCAUUUUUUCUGCCAACGCUCACUGAAAACGAAUGACUUCCAGCUGCUUUGUUACUGCAAAUGUCAAUUUUAUCACCCCAUAAUGCGUCCAUUAAUAAGUACCAUAAC